UACUGUAUGUAAAUUUUGUCUGGCUAAAAUUCACUCGCGUUAUAAAACGUAGCUGUUUGUAUUUGUUUUGCUUUGUAAACAAUAAUCGAAAAUAUGAGAAUCGAGGAUGUUAAUACAUUUUGGACAGACAAGGCGGUCUACAACAAUGCCGAGCGGAUAUUUUACGAGGGAUUUAAGUUCAGCAUACCAACAAGAUCUAAUGAGGACGUUCGCCCCGUCAACGCUGCUGUCAAAACCACCAAAAAGAGUAAAAAACGCAAAGCAAUGGCGGAAAACCAACAGCACCAGCAACAACAACAACAACAAAAAAGUUUAUUAUACUUAAAUCCGCUAACGUUGGAAGCAAACUUCUUUUUGGAGACGCUGGAAUGUGUAAGUCGUCAGAGCCAAGUUCAAUUGGAUCCACAUUUGGCCCAUUUACUGGAGCGCAUUGUUGUUGGCAUCGAAAAUUAUCUGGACAAGAAGCCCACUUACAUAGUGCCUAAAGAGACGACGCAACAGGUGGCCAAUGAGCAGUCAACUGCAACAGUUGGUGGCAGUGUUGCCUUUGUUCCUCCCAAUGAGUUUGCGAAAAUCAAGCGCACAUUCAAUUGCACAGCGUGCACGCAUCGAAUUGUGGGCACAACAAUUGCCAAGGCAGUGGCACAUUUGGCCGAGCAGCAUCCGAAUCCUAAUCCAAAUCCCAAUCCAAAUACGAUCAAUGGCCAGCGGCCGGCACAGACAAGGCAAGAGAAGAAACUGGCUGAGGUCGAAGCUCGAUCCAAAAACACGAUGCAACUGCCCAAGAAAGCUAAAGCCCUGGUAUCGUCGGACAUUACAUGCAUGUUCAAGGAUAAAUAUCAAGUAGCGGAUAAGCUUAAAGUGAUGACUGAGUACGAUGAUAUCGAGAAAGAUUUGUGUAAGCUGAUAGCGCCAAGUUUUGCCAAUCAGCCAGUGCGGAUAUAUAAGUUUGGUUCACGGAUUACGGGCAUUGGCAGCUGUUCCUCUGAUUUGGAUGUAUUUGUAGAUAUUGGCAACAAGUUUCACAAGUUUGAGCAUCGGGCUUCUAAGGAAACGAUCUCCAAGCUGCGGGUACUACGUGGACUAUUCAGUGCGAGCAAGGAGUGGCGCAUCAUCAAUGUUAUUGAACAGGCGCGAGUGCCCAUUAUAAAGACCUGCCACCUGUCGUCUGGAAUCGAGUGUGAUAUCUGCCUGAAUAGCUUGGGCUUUUGCAACACAAACUUGCUUAAAUAUUUACUUGAAGCCCAACCACUAGUUCAGUACAUGUGCAUCUACGUAAAAACUUGGCUGGAGCGUUGCAAACUGACGGAACAAAUAUCAACGUACAGUAUGGCAUUGAUGGUUAUAUACUUUUUACAGCUCAAACAACUGCUGCCAGCAAUUGCUCUUCUCCAGGUCGACGAAUCCAGUUCAGCCAAACAGUGUGUGGGACCUUGGGUUGCAAAUUUUACACAAAAGUCACUCAACGAUCUAAAAAUAAAGCAAAUUGAGGUUACCGUGUCGCUGAUUAAAGAGAAUAUGAAAGAACUUUUUAAAUUCUAUGCCACGUUUAAUUAUGAACGUUUCGUAGUUUCUCCAUUUUUUGGCCAACAAAAUAUCCAAAUAUCGAAUUAUGAAAAAUCGAUGCCCAAACGGUACUUGGAGUACGCUUGCCAAAAUCCAGAAUCGGUGCUCCAGCUUCGUAAGCCAAUGGUUGUCCAGGAUCCCAUACAGCUGAAUCAUAACGUCACUAAGGCGGUGACCAAAAACGGGCUGCAAACAUUUGUCGAUUAUUGUGCACAAACGGCGGCUCUACUUGCAGAUUCUUGAAAUUGCAAAUUGUCGCCAGAAUAAUAACAAAACUGCUCUGCUUAGAUAUUCCUUGUCGCUCCCAUCCACUUAUGUUAAGUUCAACUACAUAAGUGUUCGUUCUCUAUAUAUAAAGUAUGUACAUAAGUAUUCAAUUAGAUUAAAGUUGUUUAAAAACUGUGUCCAUCGAAUUCUGAAAAUAAUUAAAAUGAUUACCGUAAUAGAAGCCAAUAAAAAACGAUUAAUUGUAAUCUUCA